CUCUUCACUCCUUAUCGUCAGGCGUUCACGUCACCCUUCACUCUCUUUCGAAUCACUCCUUCAUCGUGAUGUUUAUUGCAUAGUAGUAUAGUAUCGUAUAGUAUAGAAGAAAGACAUAAGUUGCGGUAAUGUUUACUCUUGCCGGCCUCGUCACCCUCGGGGCCCUGGUCUCGCAGAGAUCUGUAGCUCUUGCAGCCGGAUGUUGGCGAGACACUACAUGCGAUGGACCCACUUCAGCAGCAUUCCCUGGACCUUGGGACGAAUACAACUAUUCACCGACUAGCAGGACUGUAUCUCCUACAAGCAUUCUUUCCGCAAAUGGGGAAGUCAUUGGGAACUAUCCCGGGACGGCAACAUUGAAGGGGAAUGGAACCCAAUUGAUAUUUGAUUUCGGGAAAGAAGUCGCUGGCAUCGUCACCGUCACCUACGGCGCCACAGGAACCGGGAAUCUAGGUCUAGCAUUCACAGAAGCGAAGAACUGGACUGGAGAAUGGUCAGACAGCUCGAAUGGAUCCUUCAGACCGGAUGGAUAUCUCCUCGCCAACGUCACCGCCACAGCGGAAGGGAACUACACGAUGCCUCUUCCCAGACUUCGUGGAGGAUUCAGAUACCUGACUCUAUUCUCUGAGACAACUAGCGGAAGUGAAGCCAAUCAGACUUUCGCCAUCAACAUCCAGGAUAUCACGGUCGAGAUCGCUUACCAGCCAACGUGGUCAAAUUUGCGUGCUUACCAGGGAUAUUUCUCCUGCAGUGAUACUUUGUUGAAUCGAAUCUGGUACUCGGGUGCUUAUACCCUGCAAACGAAUGCUAUUCCCCCCGCAACAGGACGAGCGUUCCCAAUUCUUGGCGGUGGCUGGAUGAACGAUCAGGAUUUAGACCUUGGUAGCACCGGAGCUACCAUUUACGUUGAUGGAUCCAAGAGAGACAGGACGGUUUGGCCAGGAGAUCUUGGAAUUGCGGUACCUAGCAUUCUCGUGUCAACAGGCGAUUGGGAAGGUGUUUCGAAUACUUUGGUGGUUUUGUACAAUGAUCAACAAAGUACGGGAGAGCUCCCUUUCGCAGGUCCAGGAAUCAAUAUCUAUGGCUCUGACACGUACCACAUGGCUACAAUGAUCGGGACAUAUGAUUACUUCCUCUGGACCAACGAUCAAUCUUGGCUAAGCACCAUGUAUCCUAAGUACAAGAGCGCCAUGGGAUUCAUCACUGCGAAAAUUGAUAGUACCGGCAUGCUCGAUGUGACAGGAACCAAUGACUGGGGUCGACUUACCCAAGGAGGCCAUAAUACGGAGGCGAACAUGCUUCUGUACAAAGUCCUCACUUCAGGAAGUCAACUUGCGACGUGGGCAGGAGACUCCAGCUCGUCAUCUUCGUGGUCCUCUUUGGCAGCAACGUUGAAAGCAGCCGUCAACGCCAACAACUACCAAGCCUCAGCAGGCGCCUUCAAAAACGACGACACGGAAAUAGAACUCUACCCUGAAGACGGCAACAGCAUGGCCCUCGUCUUCAACGGCGCCCUCCCCCAAUACGUACAAUCCAUCUCCCAAUCCCUAACCAAGAACUGGAUCGCCAUCGGCGCCGUCGCCCCCGAGCUCCCCGACAACCUCGUCGGCUUCGUGCAAUCCUUCGAGAUCAAAGGCCACCUCGCCGCCCGCCAAGCCACCCGUGCCCUCGACCUGAUCCGUCGCGCUUGGGGCUGGUACAUCAACAACCCCUACGGCACGGAAUCGACCUGCAUCGAAGGCUACCUCGCCGACGGCAGUUUCGGCUACAGAGCAACCGCCGGCUAUGACAACGACUACUCCUACACCUCGCACGCGCACGGCUGGGGCACGGGGCCCACGGAUGCGCUGACGAGCUAUAUCGUCGGGCUGACGGUUACGGCGCCGGGAGGCAGUGAGUGGAAUCUCAGUCCGCAGUUUGGCGACCUGACGCAUGCGGAAGCGGGGUUUACGACGCCCAUGGGCAAGUUUUCGGCGAGUUGGACGACGACGGAUGGUGGGUAUACGGUGGCGUGGGGAGCGCCGGGGGGAACGCAGGGCGUGUUGGUGUUGCCUGCGUCGUCGGCGCCCAGUGUGGUGGUUGAUGGGGAGGCGUUGACGUUGAGUGAGGGGGCGUAUAAUGAGACUGCGGAGACGGUGACGAUUAGUGGGGCGAGUGGGAGUCAUACUGUGAAGGUUACUUAUUAGGGUGGUUAUUUAUUGUAUUUAGUACUAGGAGGUGAUGGUGGGUUUGCAUUUGCAUGGGUGGGUUUUUGGAUGGCAUUUUUGGUUGCGGGGUUGCAUUUUGAAAUUCUAAUGUCUAUGGUAAUGUAUUAACAAUAGCCAUGAGAUGAG